AUCGUCAGCAAGUCCAAGUGGAUCAAAGGCACCUCCUGGGUAAAGUGGGUCAAGGCCCUCACCAAGUGGUCCUCCACCAACUCUGUAUCUCUCAAUGAAUCCCAUGAGCACAACCUGGACAGCCCAGAUGGCCAGGAUGCUUUGGGCAUGGACAAGGUUUGGGUUGCCUAGGUAGUCCAGGCCGCCCUCGGAGAAGAUUUGAGACCCAGCCUUGAACCAAACAGCUUCACCAAACUUGAUGCCGUUCUUGGACAAGACUUCUGGGAAGACACAGCCUAAUGCACCAAGCAUGGCCCAUCGGCAGUGGAUCACCUCAAGCUCACGGUUCUUGGCGAAGGUCUCGGGGUCUGCAGAUAGUCCAGCAGUGUCCCAUCCAUAGUCAUAUGGAAAUUCACCGGUUAAGUAGGAUGGAGUUUGCUCAGAAAAUGGGCCCAAGUAUUUUGGGCGGUCUGCGCCAUACUUGUUUGGUCAGUUACAGAUGAAUGCGUUACCAUUCAAAGAUACAAAUUGCUGACAAGUAGAGAGAAAUCAGAGAUGGCUCAGCUUCAACAUUUCAGUCACCACCAUCCAUUGAUGUUCAAGGAAGAGGCGCAGAAGGAUAAACAUUGCCGUGCGUGUGGGGACCCGGUGCUUGGUCCUAGCUACAGUUGCAGCCAGUGUUCCAAACUAUUCAUUCUCCACAAAUCAUGUGCCGAGCUCCCCCGUGAGAUGCAUCAUCCGAUACACCGCAAGCAUCCACUUGUUCUCUCAUGUAUGGACAGGGAGUACACUUGCGAUAUUUGUUGGAAAACCCAUCCCAUCAACUUAUUCGUUUACAGAUGUGAGCCAUGUGCAUUCGAACUUCAUCUCCAAUGUGCUUCUGAAUUGAGCAACACAAAAUACUUAGAGCACUUCAGUCAUGAGCAUGCACUGAUCAUUCAGGAAGAUCCGGACAAAAGGAGAGUUUGUCAAGGGUGCAAGGAGGAAGUGGGCGGUCCAUGCUAUCGUUGUUGCCGAAUUCUUUGCUGGUACUAUCUCCAUAAGUCAUGUGCGGAGAUGCCCGUUGAGUUUCGUCACCCCAUGCAUCCCAAACACCCACUUAUUCUCAACAAAGAUAGAGCAAAACAAUACCUUUGUGAUGCGUGCGGCCAAGAUUGUAGUGGCAAGUUCACUUAUAGUUGCUUCCAAUGUGACUUCAACCUUGACCCAAAAUGUGCUUUCACUAAACAUUACUCUCAUAUCCAUCCAUUGAUGUUUAAGGAAGAUGAUGCUGCAGCAACAGUAUUAGUAGCAGGUCCACCGGUUGUAUGCUUUGCGUGUGGGGAUCCAGUAGUUGGUCCUAGCUAUAGUUGUUACCAGUGCUUAUUCGUUCUCCACAAGUCAUGUGCGGAUCUUCCGCAUGAAAUGCAUCAUCCAAUACACAACACACACCCACUUGUUCUUCUUUCAGAUAGAAACUACUGUUGUGAUAUUUGUCGCAGAUCCCAUUCCGGCUUAUUCUCUUACAGUUGUAGCCCAUGUAACUAUGAGCUUGACAUCCAAUGUGCUUCUGACUUGAGCAACAUAAAAUACAUAGAGCACUUUAGUCAUGAGCAUGCGCUGAUCUUUGUAGAAGAUCCGAAAAGGCGAGAGGAAGGGUUACCAGUUGUUUGUCAAGGGUGCCAGGAGGAUGUGUCGGGUCCGGGCUAUUGUUGCAGCCGUUUUCUCUGUCACUACACUCUCCACAAGUCAUGUGCGGAGCUUCCCUCGGAGUUUCAUCACCCGAUGCAUACCCAACAUUCACUUGUUCUUAACAAAGAUAGAGGACGAGGAUUCCUGUGUGAUGCGUGUGACCAAGAUUGCAGCCGCAGGUUCACUUAUAGUUGCUGCCAGUGUGACUUCAGCCUUGACUCAAAAUGUGCUUUCAAUUGGACCGGUUUUAAACAUUUCAGUCACGAGCAUCCGUUAUUGUUCGAGAGAGAGCCGAAAAAGAAAUACUUUGGUCCGCUGUUCUGCGAUGGCUGCCAGGAUCCAAUACUUGGUCCUAGUUACACGUGCAUCAAUACCUUCCGGCGUCGCAAAUGUAGCUUCAAUCUUCAUAAAACAUGUGCAGAGCUACCCCAUGAAAUUGAGCACCCGAUGCACCGUCAACACCCACUUCUUCUCCACAACAUUCUUCCGGAUAUCAAGCAGGUACGUCGCCUUUGUAAUGUUUGCAACAAACCUGGCAGAUUCCUCUACUGCUGUUCCAUAUGUGACUUCAACCUUCACCUCAAGUGUGGCUCAAAUUGGAAAACUAUUCUUGCUAACGAGUCUCACGAGCAUCAGUUCACAGUCCUCGGGAGGAAAAUGUUUGACCACGUUAAUUGUGACGUUUGUGGUGAGUAUUGGACUACCGGGGUCUACUACAUGUGUAGCAUUUGCCAGCUCUUCGUCGAUAAGGAAUGUGCUUCAUUACCACGCAGCAUCAAAAAACCUGACCAUCAACACCACCUAAAGCUGACCUGGUUCCUUGACAACAUCUGCCCCAACAACCUGUCGUGCAAAGUGUGCUCCAUAAGCAUUGAUAAAUGUCGCGCUGCUUAUUGUUGUGGUGAAUGUAGCAGUUAUGUCGCCCAUGUCGCAUGUACAACAGCUGAGUACUCUCGAGAAGAUAGUUUUUUAGACACUGCCCUGAAUGAUGAUGAGUCUGAUGAUGCUCUAGAGAUCACACACUUCAGUCACCCACAUCCAUUAGCCGCUAAUGAUCCUUGUGAGGAAGUUAAAGAUGAGCACAGACUAAUUAGCUGUGAGGGAUGCAUCCGCCCCAUAAAUGCCACCAAAGAAUCCUUUUAUAGCUGCACUAAACAAGAAGAUGAGUUGUGUAGUUUCUUUCUCCAUAAGGUAUGUGCUCAAUUACCUAAAAAAAUGUUUCUCCCUCUACUUCACCAACACCAGUUAAUGCUCCUCUCAAGGGCACCUUCUGUUGGUGGUGUCUUCCAGUGUUAUAUGUGUGGUGCUUUUAACCAAGGCUUCACAUAUACUUGUGAGAAAUGUGGCUCACAAAAAGGCGAAACUGUUUUCUUCCUCGACCUUCAGUGCAAUGCCUACUGGGAUAACAAGGCUCUUAUUAAACAUGACUCUCAUGUUCACCACCUCCUCCUCACAACAGAAUGGGACGACGUCCAUUGCAGCAGUUGUGGGUGUAAUAUAUUCUUCUGCUUUAGUUGUAAGAGAUGUAAAUUUCAUCUAUGUAUUCCAUGUGUUAGAUUACCUCUUACUGCUAGGCACCGUUACGAUGAUCAUCCUCUCAAGCUCACAUAUGCUAGCGUAUAUGAUGAGCUCGGUUACUACUGUCAAAUAUGCGAAGGAACUCGAGAUCCAACACAAUGGUUCUACCGCUGCAACGAUUGUGACUUUGAUUGCCAUGCUCAUUGCAUUGUGGGGAGUUAUCCACAAGUCAAGUUAGGGAGUACUUGCAAGCACGAAGCUCAUGCUCAACACCUCGUCACCCUUGUUGAUAAGGCCAGAAGCCCCAUUCGGUUCGAUAAGAGAGAAAACAUUCUUCCUUGCCUGAAAUGUGGAGAGCCUUGUGUAGGAUUGGUGUUUGAAUGUGGGGAUUGCAUUAUAAAUAUCCACCGAGAAGGAUUUUGUCAGGUAACAGCUUUGGAGAGUUCUGCCAAUCAAGCCUCCAAAGAAGAGACAAGCCAAUGA